GGCCGGGCCGGAGGAGGCCGCCGCGUCCCGGCGCUCAGCAUGAACCGCAGCCACCGGCACGGGGCGGGCAGCGGCUGCCUGGGCACCAUGGAAGUGAAGAGCAAGUUUGGAGCUGAAUUUCGUCGGUUUUCACUGGAAAGAUCAAAACCCGGAAAAUUUGAGGAGUUCUAUGGAUUACUGCAGCACGUUCAUAAGAUACCCAACGUUGACGUUUUAGUGGGCUACGCGGACAUCCACGGAGACUUACUGCCUAUAAAUAACGAUGAUAAUUACCACAGAGCUGUGUCCACGGCCAGUCCCCUGCUGAGGAUUUUUAUACAGAAGAAGGAAGAAGCAGACUACAGUGCCUUUGGUACAGAUACGCUAAUAAAGAAGAAGAAUGUUUUAACCAAUGUGUUGCGUCCUGACAACCAUAGGAAAAAGCCACAUAUAGUGAUCAGCAUGCCCCAAGACUUCCGACCCGUGUCUUCCAUCAUCGACGUGGACAUUCUCCCAGAAACGCACCGUCGGGUUCGUCUUUACAAAUACGGCACCGAGAAGCCGCUCGGGUUCUACAUCCGCGAUGGUUCCAGUGUCAGGGUCACACCACACGGCCUAGAGAAGGUCCCAGGGAUCUUCAUAUCCAGGCUGGUCCCCGGAGGUCUGGCUCAGAGCACAGGACUGUUGGCCGUGAACGAUGAAGUGUUAGAAGUCAACGGCAUCGAAGUUUCCGGGAAGAGUCUCGAUCAGGUGACAGACAUGAUGAUUGCCAACAGCCGCAACCUCAUCGUAACCGUGAGGCCGGCAAACCAGAGGAAUAAUGUCGUGAGGAACAGUCGGACUUCCGGCAGCUCCGGCCAGUCCACCGACAACAGCCUCGUCAGCUACCCACCACAGGCCGAGCCCAGCUUCGAGCCGGAGGACGAAGACAGCGACGAAGACGACAUCGUCAUCGAAGACAACGGCGUGCCGCAGCAGAUCCCCAAAGCUGUCCCCAACACCGAGAGCCUGGAGUCACUGACACACAUAGAGCUGGGUUUCGAGCCUGGACAGAAUGGUUUUAUCCCUCCCGACGAAGGGGGUGGCGCAGACCCCGAAUGUGAAGCACAAGCCCCGGACCAAAAGCUCCUGGAAGAGGACGGGACGAUCAUAACGUUAUGAGACCACGGUGGGAUGUUCUUGGGCGAGGAAGCCCGGGGGCUUGGAAAUCUGACCAGUGUAACGCGUAUAUACCUCUGAACCGACAUGUGGAACAGGCAUGAGAAAAACAAUACUGGAAGCUUAACAUGUUAUUAGAAUAGUAGUUCGAUAGUUGUUCAUAGACACUUUGGAGGAUCAGAGGUGAAUUUAAGAGUCAAAUGAAGGGGCCUUUGCUGAUGACGUGAGCGGACGUUCGAGCACAUUCUCAGAGCCGAGUACGAGGACCGGAUCAUUUCUGUCUGAAGUGGUUGCACAUUUAACCUGCUGUGCAGAGCCCAGUCCCUUUUCUCCUUCUCUUCUAAAAAUUCUAUAAUGUGAAGAAGUCUGAUUCUCUUGUCUAUCUUUUGGUACGUUGGGGACCUCAAUUCUUACGCCCAGUGUUUUAUUUUGAUGUUUGUUAGUGUCACUUAUUACUAAUUGCAACACAUUAUUUUCUCAGAGGUAUUUGUUGUUGUUGUUGUUCCUAAUUUCUAAGAAGCAAAACCCAUUGGCUGAUUCUCAGAGUUGCACCCAUGUUAGAAAGCAUUGCAGCUAUGUCCCCGAAUUACGGACCUCGGCCGCGGACGCUGUGUCACCGAGUCUCCACCCUAGUGCUUCCAUACCUACAAGCUGAUUCCAUACGGCAGACUUUGUUUUAAAAGGCAGAUUACACAUAGAUCCUGGUAAGACGGGAGGCUCUCCUGUAACCUAUUCUCAUCCACAUUCCUAAGUCUUUCCUUUUGUUGUUAAUGUGUGUUUUGUUGAUGUGCUUUUAUACUCUUUUUAAGUAUUCAACUGGUACGAAUCAUUUUGGGGAAAAAAAAAAAAAAGCACCCAGAAUAAGAGAUUUUUUUUUUUAACCCACAGGACAAACUUGUGCACUUUUUAUAUGAAACAGUCGGGUUUUCCUUCCUGGGAUUUCUAGGAACACUGCCUACACUUUAUGAAGAAUAUGUAGUAUUCACCUGUGACGGAGUGGAGUGUAACACUGUUAAUUUUAUGAGACUAUUUAUUACCUUCCAGCACAUCCUCGGAAGCGGGAGCGGCAGGCUGCUACCCCCUCCCACCCGCCUCAGCCCCGCCUGAUUCCCUUCCAGGUGCCCAGGCCUGUGGCAUGCUUGUAACAUAGAAAGCAGGGCUGUCGUGAGGGUCCUGUGCUCCCCAUGGCUUCCGGAGGCUUAUUUAUUGAUUAACUUUAUGGUAGGGCUAGUUUGGAUAGCUGUAACAGUUGUGUGCUUAUUAAAACAAUGAAGAUGCAAACGACUCCGUUUUGAAGGAUGCUCUCUCUAUGGUCCAAUAUAUGAAGUCUGGAUUAGACGAAGAUCACUUGACUCAGAAGCUUCAGCGUAUCUCGUUCCCUUUACCACUAAGCAUAUUAUCAGUAAACCAUUAACUGACCGCACAAGAUGAUGUAACA